AUGUCACGGGUGGCACGAAGAGGAAAAGGCCCAAAGGAUCAAAAUCAAGCCGAUGAAUUAGCCCAUGAAUCAUCUACGAUUCUUGCGUCUGUUUUGAAGACGUUGGAUCUAACUCUAGAGCGGGACAUUGGAAUGCUUAAUGGUAAACAUGUUCGCUCGAUUCCAAGUGAAAACUCUUUAGUUAGCCUUCAAGACUGCAUUGAAAAGCUUGAUAAGACACUUGAGAGGAUAUCGAAGAGUGAUGAGGAUACGGUAAAAGGAAUCGAGGAGAUCAUUGAAGCUCGCAAGGAAGCUGCACGCUCGGCCGCAACAAUAACAGAAACACCAACUACCGCUCCACCUCAGGAGAAGAGCACAGAGUUGCCAAGUGAUGAAGAUACUAGUGUCGUUCACAAGAGGCAAACGAACAGAAAAAGAUCCUUAAAAAUGGAGGACGAGGAUGACGAAGAUGUCAAUGUUAACAGACUUCAAAAGACGGAAAAUUUUGAAACUUCAGAUGGGCAUAUUGAAAAGAAAUCGAAAUCCGAGGUUGAACGAAUUGAAAACGAUCCUUCUGUUAAAAAUCCAAAAUCAGAAUUUGUCGUAUCACAAACAUUACCUGCCGCAGCAAUUUCUCUAGGCCUAUUUACAGAGAAAGGGCUCGAAAGCACCGGUGAAGAUUUUUUUAAGAAAAAGUAUGGUGUUGCAAGUUAUCCUACCAAUGAUCUCAAGGAUCUCUUACCAGGUGAAAUACCUGAUAUGGAUUUUUCAAGACCGAAGCCAACCAACCAAAUACAAUAUAGUACAUUCCUGACCUCUGUGGAUAAUUUUUUUCGGGAUUUCUCAGAUGAUGACAUCAAGUUCUUGAAACAGAAGUACUUAAUACCUCCAAACAUUCAGGUUGAGAAAACUUACGAUCCUGAAGUAACACCAUACGUCAUUCCAAAACUUGGCCCACUGUACACGGAAUUAUGGGCAAAGGAGGACAACAAUCAAAAUAUAGCAAAUUUGUCCCCUCCUCCGAUCAAUGAUCCGUCAAGCAUUUUGCCAAAGAAAUCAGGCAAUGAUAUUUCAGAUGAGGUAUUAGACACAGAAGAAGUCUCUUGUGGCCCAUUCGUUUCAAGACUCUUAUCGGCAAUUUUAAGAGACGAAAUUGCACAACCUGCGAAUGACAAUGUGAAGGAAGAGAAUGAUGAUCAAUUACUGGACGAGGAGGCGAAAAGUAUUACACCAGCAGCGACUGUUAUAGCCACAACGCCAUUGAGUGAAGUUGAUGAUAUCAAAACAUUGGCUGCUACAUCUACCAGUGCAAUACCGCAACAACAGGGAUGGAAAGUCAAUAGCAUUAAUUUGGAUUAUCCAACCUUUGAAGAAAGGCUUAAAAGAGAGUUGAAAUACGUUGGCAUAUACAUGAACUUACCGAAAGAUGACGAUGCGCACUCAAAUGGAGACCCAGAUUGGCUGACGGGUCGUGAAGAUGAUGAAAUCAGCGCUGAGCUUCGCGAAUUACAAAAUGACCUCCGGCAAGUGACAAAAAGAAACCUAAAGCGUAAGACUGUGCUUAUCCCCUUGGUAGAGAGACAAUUGGCUUGGCAAGAGUACUCAUCUAUUCUAGAAGACUUGGAUAAGCAAGUCGACCAAGCCUACAUAAAACGCAUACGAGUUCCAAAAAACAAGAAAAAGAAGCAACAGGCUACCGCUUCGACAGGUUCAACAUCACAGGCGGCGAUUCAAGCUGCACAUCAACAAGCAGCCAACUCGAGCUUGAAAUCAUUACUAGAUAAGAGGCGAAGAUGGAUCAGUAAAAUAGGACCGUUGUUUGAUAAGCCCGAAAUCAUGAAACGCAUUCCAAAGGAAAGCGUUUUUAGAGAUUUGGAUCAAGAGGAGGAAGAGGAGGAGGCUGACGUGUUUGGGAGUAACGGAAGCAACAAGGAUGACGAACUGACGGACAGUUUACAGAAUAAAGAAUAG